AUGGCAUGUCCUUUCAUAGAAGAGGUGGUGGAUGAGGGAGCUAUAGUCUUGCGGAGGGCAUUUCAAAGAGAGAGAACUUUCAGAGACAGACUACUCAAUGUGUUCAUCACAUUCCCUGGCCACAAAGCUAUUCGUACCAUUAAACAUGCCUUUUAUGGAAUAGCUGGUUUCCCAAAUGUUAUCGGUGCAUUGGACUGCACCCAUGUGCGUAUUAAGUGUCCGUCUGGUCCACAUGAAGCGGACUUUGUGAAUAGGAAAUCAGUACACAGCAUCAAUGUACAGAUGAUUAGUGAUGCAGAUUGCAUCAUCACAAAUGUAGAGGCCAAAUGGCCAGGCUCUGUGCAUGACUCCAGAAUCUUUAGAGCCUCAUCUCUCUACCAGCAACUAGCAAGAGGAGAAUUCUCAGGAGUUUUGCUGGGAGACAAGGGAUACCCAUGCCUGCCUUACCUCUUGACUCCCUAUCAGGAGCCCCAGACAGAGGCACAGCACCGCUACAACAUUGCCCAUGCACGCACAAGAGGUCGUAUAGAGAUGGCAUUUGGGCUGAUAAAGUCAAGGUUUCAGUGCCUGAAGCACCUCAGAGUGACUCCACCUAGGGCAUGUGACAUUGUAGUUGCUUGUGUAGUGCUCCAUGACAUUGCUUGUCUGAGGAGAGAGAGGCAACCAAGGAUUGCUGAAGAGGAAGACUGGGGCAAUGAGGCAGUAUUGGAAGAAAAUGAAACCGGCAGACUUAUACGAGACACAUAUGCAAAUAAUUAUUUUGCUUAA